CGGCAGGUGUCCCCAAUGCCGUCGCGAAACGCGUCCCCCCUCCGCUCGCGCACAAGGAGGGACAGCCGGUGAGGGAGGGGAACUGUGGCCUGCCUGUACCCAUCCGAUGAGCACGGAGGUGGAGGAGGGCAUGGAGCCCACCCACGUCUUGCCAUCCACAACUUUCGCAGGAAUCCAUCCGGCCCGCCUCGCUCCCACCUCCGAUCCCCGAGAUUUUUUUCGAUCCCCAUUAUAUUCUGCCGACCUGCCGUCGCGCCUCCUCACAGCGAAGUGACAAGCUCGAGCUCAUUGCGAGGUAAGGUUGGGUGUGGAAGACAUGGAGGAAGAGGUGGCGAGGAGGGCGGAGCAGCAGCAGCAGGAAGAGAAGAAGGGGAAGAAGAAGCGGGGCCGUGUGGAGCUGCGGCGGAUAGAGGACCGGACAAGCCGGCAGGUGCGGUUCUCCAAGCGCCGGAGCGGGCUGUUCAAGAAGGCCUACGAGCUCUCCGUGCUCUGCGACGCUCAGGUCGGGCUCCUCGUCUUCUCCCCCGCCGGCCGCCUCUACGAGUUCGCCUCCUCCGGCACCAGCAUUGAGGAUAUAUUUGGUCAAUAUUGGGACCUUGCCAACACAAUAAAUGAUCUCAAUAUCGAAGCACAAGACCCAAGGAUUGAUUGCAAUAAAAAGAAGCAGCGGUCAGCUACAAGCUCGGUAUCUGAUCAGCUAUACAGCGUUGCUCGAUGGGCAGUGGAAGCAAAUGUAAACGAGAUGAACAUGGCUGAGAUAAGAGGCUUGGAGGAAACAGUGACCGACGCUCUGUCAGUUAUCAGGAACAAACUGAUGAUGAAGGUGGUUGGGUUGCCCCAGACCUGAGAGGAGAGAAGCCAAGCAAAGCCCUCUGAAGAAAAAAAAGGGGAAGAACUAGCUGGUGGAGUCCAAAGACAGAAAAGUAGAGUGCACGAGUGGAAAACAGAGCCUUGUUUUUUUUUAAAAAAAAAUACAGCUCCAAGCCUGCAGGUGUUGGCUAACAGGUUUCGCUGGGGCUUGCAGGCUGCAACUGUCAAACUUCGUAAACUGAUCUCUCCCAAACGUGGGUCAAAUACUUCCCUCUCCUCUA